CAGGCGCAUGCGCCGAGUACCGCCACGCCUGGUCUCGGGGACGCCCUUCUGGACCGGUUUCGCCUCGCGGAGCUCGCAGGUCCAGGUGCUGCGGCCGCAGUGCUGCCUCCCUGCGCCGCGGGCAGUGGCGGUCUCAGGUGUGCCGAAGCUCUGGUCAGUGCCAUGAUCCGGCAGGAGCGCUCCACAUCCUACCAGGAGCUGAGUGAGGAGUUGGACCAGGUGGUUGAGAACUCAGAGCUGGCAGACGAGCAGGACGAGGAGACAGUCAAAGUCCAAGGUCCAGGUGUCUUACCAGGCCUGGACAGCGAGUCUGCCUCCAGCAGCAUCCGCUUCAGCAAGGCCUGCCUGAAGAACGUCUUCUCGGUCCUGCUCAUCUUCAUCUACCUGCUGCUCAUGGCUGUGGCUGUCUUCCUGGUCUACCAGACCAUCACAGACUUCCGUGAGAAACUCAAGCACCCUGUCAUGUCUGUGUCUUACAAGGAGGUGGAUCGCUAUGAUGCCCCAGGUAUUGCCCUGUACCCCGGUCAAGCCCAGUUGCUCAGCUGCAAGCACCAUUACGAGGUCAUUCCUCCUCUCACAAGCCCUGGCCAGCCGGGUGACAUGAAUUGCACCACCCAGAGGAUCAACUACACGGACCCCUUCUCCAAUCAGACUGUGAAAUCUGCCCUGAUUGUCCAGGGGCCCCGGGAAGUGAAAAAGCGGGAGCUGGUCUUCCUCCAGUUCCGCCUGAACAAGAGUAGUGAGGACUUCAGCGCCAUUGACUACCUCCUCUUCUCUUCUUUCCAGGAGUUCCUGCAAAGCCCAAAUAGGGUAGGCUUCAUGCAGGCCUGUGAGAGUGCCUAUUCCAGCUGGAAGUUCUCUGGGGGCUUCCGCACCUGGGUCAAGAUGUCACUGGUGAAGACCAAGGAGGAGGAUGGGCGGGAAGCAGUGGAGUUCCGGCAGGAGACAAGUGUGGUUAACUACAUUGACCAGAGGCCAGCUGCCGAAAAAAGUGCUCAGUUGUUUUUUGUGGUCUUUGAAUGGAAAGAUCCUUUCAUCCAGAAAGUCCAAGAUAUAAUCACUGCCAAUCCUUGGAACACAAUUGCUCUUCUCUGUGGGGCCUUCUUGGCAUUAUUUAAAGCAGCAGAGUUUGCGAAACUGAGUAUAAAAUGGAUGAUCAAAAUUAGAAAGAGAUACCUUAAAAGAAGAGGUCAGGCAACAAACCACAUAAGCUGAAGUCACCUCACAAUGUUUACAGAACUGCCCACAUCAAUGGGAGUUGUCAUCACUUCCACUUUAUAAACCGAGCUAUCAACAAUCCUGUACUCACUUGAAGAAAUGGGGCCUUGCUGGGAGGAACAACAUGUCAAACUGGAACUUCUAACCUGGCUCCCAAAGAGACUGUGUAGAGCCUAAUAGAAAAGACCUAAUGGAUAACCUGAAAGUUAGUUAAAUAUUUAAAUUAUUAAUGAACUUUUUAAAGAGCUGGCCAAUGACUUUAUUGAAUAGAGUUUGUGGAAGAUGCCUUUCUUCCUGUUUGGUUCAUUGUAUUUUAUUAGGUUAAGCUCUAAUAGGGUAAUGAAGGCUCUACUUUUCACCUUUUAAAAGUGGACAGAAGAGUGUGAUUUUCUUUUUCCAAAAAUCCGGACUAUCAAGAUGUGCAGGUCAUGCUUCGGAGCAUAUGCACUGUACACAAAGGCAAAGAAGCCUGUAACUUUGGCAUCAUCUGCCAUUGAUGUCCAGCCUCUGAUAUGCUCUUUGUUAAAGGUUAAAUGAGACUUUAAAUCUACUUGAAACUAGUAAUUAAGUUUCUUAAUGGACUGACUAGCCACCUACUUGUCUGGCUAGAAUGUUUGUUGAUGUAUGAGUUUAGAUUAACGUUCAGAAGCACUAGGACAGAUGUACAUAGUAGGUGCCUACUCAGCGUAUUUUGAUGAUUUCAUUAACAGGUAAAUAAAAGGUUAAUACAAAAGGAAUGAGUGUGACAGUAUGAAUAUCUGCUAAAUCAUCAGGCACCAAUUCUCUCAUUUGGUGACUUCCAAAAACAAAAAGCUAGUGUGAGUCUGGACUCCCAAGAUGGAUGGAUCUGACUCUCAAGGCAGGUGUUUGCCUUUUCCUUCUCUUUUGUGUAGGAUCAUCCUUUUAAUCACCCAGCUGUGCUGUCGACAGCUGUCAGCAAUACGGGCUGGCCCUGCGUGAGUGUAGAGAAUCUGGAAGGAACACCUUAACCUGAUGGCCAUGACAAGGUGACUCUACAAUACCUAUUACUUGAGAACAAUAAAAUAGGAGCCUUUGUACUAAAAGGAAGAAUUCUGGUUAUCUUGCUUUUGGUACAGUGCUUUCAUGAUGACCUGGGAGUAGUGUGCAGACCCUAUGCUAGAGUUUUUAACUGAUAACUCCUGACCUCAGGUGAUCCACCCGCCUCAGCCUCCCAGAGUGCUGGGAUUACAGGCGUGAGCCACCACAUCUGGCCAAGAAUGUCUGAUUUCUAACUGUGCCACAGGUUCCCUGGUCUUCACUAGAAGUGCUAUUUAUUAUGGAUUAUGAAAAACUAGCUUCAAAGUAAAUUAAACCUAUCCUCUAAACAUACAAGGACAUAAAGAUGAUGGAGGGGUACUCUAGAACUUAGAAUUUUCUACAAAUAUUCUGUGAAAUAGGUAUUUUCAUAAAAGGCUAGAACACUCAACCUUGGCACACAAUCUUCUUAUUUUUAAAUUAGACUUCAUCCCACAAUUUGUCUUAAAAGUUUCUAUAAAUAUAUGUAUGUAUGUAAAAAAGGGGGCAGGCUUCUCAGUGUAUGCCUAAGCUUAGAGCUAAAAGAAGCAAAGAUGACAUAAGGCAAAAUACAAACAUAGACUUUAUUAAAUGCUGCUCAAUCCCCCAAUGAAGAUCUUUCAUUACAAAACAGUUUUCCACACAACUGCAAGUUAAGAGAUUGGAAUGGUACUCUGGUAACAAAAGAUGUGAGAAAUACUUGACCAAGUAAAAACAUACAAGACCUCUAUAUAGUCAGCCUUUUCAGAGCUCUACAGAGGAAACCUACUGCAUUUCCUUUAAAUAAAGCCAGGCAGUGACAACUAGUGCUCUGUAUCACCACACUACGGGACUCAAAGCCUCCAUCCGUGGGUCAGGAGGGACUAGGUGAAGGGGAGGUCCUGAGGACUGGAAAGGCCCUGCCUUCAGCCUUUGAGAGGAAGAGGAGGAAUGAAUUGAGAGGCAAGCUAAGUAACUGACCUGACCUGCCUCUACCCAUCUGUCACCACUGUGGGGAAUUGCAGAGGAAGGGGGAUAUUCAUGAGGAAAAAUCUGAAGAAUUCUGGUUUACUUACUUUCCCAGCUUUUAUUUAUAUGUUGUGCUUUUAAAAGCCUGGAGAUUUAAGGUUUUGCCUAAAUUCCAGAGUACAGUAAUAUCUUUAUUGAGGGAGGGGUUAAUGCAGGUAAUUCCCCCCAUCAUAUUUCUGGGUGAGACAAAGAGAAGGGUAAGGAUGAUACCUUAGUUUUAUUUUAGGAAGUAUUCUUUUUCCUAGGCUGUAACUAAGGUUUGCAGCAGUGUGAAAAGCACAUUAUAAAAGGGAAAAAUAUACAGAGCAGAUUACCAUACCUAUGUGCAACACAAUCAAGAAUUCAAGUCAUAAUUCUUACCACUCCCAUAAUUAUCUCACUGAUAUCAUAGAUGAUAAGAUUCAUUUCUAUGAAACUUCAGAAGUGACACAAUAAAUCCAAUGAUUAGACAAAGGUUACAAUAUACUGUGGCCAUGAUACAGCACAGGGCUAUGUUUAGUCCAUAUAUUUUUCAAUUUACAGUUGCCAGAAAAAAAUUGGCCUUUUAAUUAUAUUAUACUGAUGAGGUUUGUUUUGUAAUUUUUACAUAUUUCAAAAAAAAAAAAAAAAAA